AUGUUUCCGUCAUCCACUUCGGAAGAAUGUAUUUCUCAAUUCACACUUCCAAACUACGUGGAAUCACCACAGUCAAUUCAAAGUUUGGACACUGGAAAUAUACCGAAGAAAGUUCGAGGAGAUCUGGAUCUUACUGGACUGGAGCUCAUGCCAUUUUUAUUCAAAGCUGCUGAUAAACUGCAUGCAAUCAAAGAUAAACAAGCGAAGGCAGAGGGAAUCAAGAAAAGAUUGAUUCAGUUGCAAAACAUGUUUAAUGAAAAUAAGAUACCCGAACAUCUCAUAAGGAAUCUGAACUAUGUCGUCGAUUCCAUCGAAUAUGAGAACUAUCAACAAGCAUGGGAACAUUAUAACAGAUUUUCUCAGAGUAUUCCAGAAGAAAUGUCUAAAAGCUGGUUCUGGUUGUCGUCUCUAAAAAUGCUGAUUAGCGAGUUGAAAGGAGCCCAGCGGAUUGGCUCUGCUGGAUCACAUUUUCGAAGUUAA